GCACGGGGAUAAGACCACCUUUGGGGUCCCGGUCGGGACGUUUUGUCCUGGACUCUGUCCUGCAGCGCCAAAGAAGAUAGAAUUGGACAUGCAGCGUUGUUGAAAACACCCGCAUCCCAACCACACACAUAGCGCUCAUAUUCCCACACAGACUUAAAGGGGGUCCACUCCUGCCCUAGAUUAUUGUCAUUAACCACGCGUGUUUCUUGAUUAUAUUGUGUGAUAAUGGCAUGGGUAUGAUGGAAGAGAAGGCAUGCUAGAUGCUCUAAAUUCGAUACACCUGCCCUUUUUGGAAUACUUCCCAGCCUAAAUAAAGCACAUAACUGUGUUUAAACCAUGUGACGUUAAUAGUCUGUUGAUAUGAAACACAAGUUGAUGUUCAUGUCGGGUUUGCUUGAAUUCGGUCCAACUCUUAAGUUGAAGUUCAUCUGAGGAACCGCUCUCCGAGGUCUCCUCGCUCUACUGUACCGUUUGACCUAUCAUGCAUUGCACCUGUUAUGCUACACACACACCCACACACACACACACACACACACACUCACACUCACACUCACACACACUCACCCAGGCACUCGUCCAGCCAGCCACGCUCACGUCCCUUCACCGCCUGCCGCCUGCCCUACUCCUCUGGAACAGGAGCAACUCUUGCUCAACGGUAGCUAUGCAUGACGGGUCUGAGAGCCAGAACCAGACGGAACAGAAUGUUUAUAACCUGAUUCAGACCAACGGCACGUGGAGCCGACGCAGCCCCCAGCAGAGCCAGCAGGGGGAGGGCCGGUUGUCGGCGGCCAAGAUCUAUGAGAGCCGGUCCGACCAGGGCUCCUGCUGGACGGUGGUCAGCCCCGUCACCUUCACCUACAGGGUGCUCCAGUGCCGGGACCUGCUGGACGAGGCCAACGACGCGCUGCUGUGGGGCCACGUGGGGGACCCCGAGGAGCUGCGGGCCCUCAGGGGCCGCCCGGGGCCCGUCAAGCGCUUCGUGGUCAUGGACGAGGCGGUCCACGCGCUGUACGGCGCCCGGGUGGCGCGCUACUUCGAGGCCCGGGGCGUGGCCUUCAGGAUCCUGCCCCUCCCCACCACGGAGGAGAAGAAGUCCCUGGAGCUGGUGACCCGGGUCCUGGAGGAGGUGCACGGCUUCGGGGUCGACCGGCGGGCCGAGCCCAUCCUGGCCAUCGGGGGCGGGGUCUGCCUGGACGUGGCGGGGCUGGCCGCCUCGCUGUACCGCCGGCGGACCCCCUACGUGCGCGUGCCCACCACCCUGCUGGCCUACGUGGACGCCAGCGGGGGCGCCAAGACGGGGGUCAACUUCGCCGGCGGGAAGAACAAGCUGGGGAGCUACGUGCCGCCAGCUGCCACGCUGCUGGACCGCGGCUUCCUGCGCAGCCUGCCCCGCCGCCACCUCGCCAACGGCACGGCGGAGAUGCUGAAGAUGGCCCUGAUGAAGCACAGGGGGCUGUUUGAGCUCCUGGAGGCUGAGGGCCCCGCCAUGCUGAGCUCCAGCUUCCAGUCCCCCGACCGCGUUGGCGCAGAGGAACCAGCAGAUGCCGCUACGGAGUCGACCCGUGUUGCCAUAGAAACCAUGCUGGAGGAGCUGGCGCCCAACCUCUGGGAGGACGACCUGGACCGCCUGGUGGACUUUGGUCACCUGAUCAGCCCGGAGCUGGAGAUGACGGUGCUGCCUGCCCUGCUCCACGGCGAGGCGGUGACCAUCGACAUGUCCUUCAUGCUGUUCGUGGCCCGGGAGCGCGGCCUGCUCACGGCCCAGCAGCAGCAGCGCGUGCUGGGCUGCAUGCGGGGGCUGGGGCUGCCGGUCCACCACGCGGCCUGCAGCCUGGGCCUGGUCCGCCAGGCGCUGGCCGGGCGGCUGAAGCACUCGGCCGGCUCCCUGAGGAUGCCCCUCCCCACGGGGCUGGGCAGGGCAGAUACAUGGACGUCUGGGGAUUGAACGCGGUGCCUUUCGGCUGACAGUUGACCACCCUUGCAACUAAUCUGUCCUCCGCCUGCCUGCUGAGGACCAUAGAGCAUCAUGGGGAGACCACAGACACCGCUUGUUCCUCCAUGUCGCUCCCUGCAUGGCCUGCACUCAAACUGACUUAUCAAAGUUUGCUGGCUUUUAUCGAUCCAUCCGUCCAAUUUUAUAUUCACACUGAGUAUCAAUAGAGUCCCAGGCAGGGGAGGGGGCGACGGCCAAGCACGGCCCCCCUUACCAUUAUCUCGGUCUUUAUAGUCGUUGCUCUGCAGUGUUUGUGGGAUCCAUGUGGUGCUUUUCGUUGAAACACGACACCAAUCUGAUUCCUCCCUUUUGUUUCUUUAGAGAUAUUCCAUGACAUCAGCGAUGAGACCGUGUGUGAGGCCUACAGUAAAUGGAACCAGGAGCUGUCAGCCCCAGAGGACAGCUGACGGCAUGGAGCUGUACUGUCGUCCCUGCAAUGUGGCGCAUCGAAUGGUCUCGCUGAGGCCAGAUCUCACGUGUUCAGUCUGGUGGAGCUUUGAGUGUUUUCUGUUCACUGACGCAUUUCGUAUUGAGUGGUGAUGCUGUAAAGACACUGAGGAACACAUGUGAGGGGGUUUCAAGGUAGAAACGAGACCUGAGGGGAGGACUCCAGGGAGAAUUACAAAGAAACAGGAGAAUGUAGAGUGACCGUACAACGCAGAGUUAGCCUGUACAGGGGACUGUGCCUCAGUAUAACAUUGAUCUCCAGAUUUAUUGGUUGUAGGUUUUGGUUGAACUGCCUUUUUUCCCUCUUGAACAGGAAACAAACAAAAGCUGGUGAACAAACAACAACGACCAAUGGGCUGUGAACAUUCAAAUAAAACGUUUUAAUAUUUUUCCACAACAUUUUCACAUAGAGUACCAGUGAUUCGACGUUCAGAGACUCACCAUCCUUCAACCAGCAUGUGAACAUCGCCGCGCACGUCUCUCUAACACACAUUCUAGGAACAUUAGCGACAGAGUCUAUAAUACGACCCAGAGGAACCAGAACACGUUUAAUAAAGGUUACAAUUUGAA